ACCCAACCAGCAGCCAGUAGGGUCUUUGCAGACAGUGGUCACACCUCACUGACCGUCUCACUGCUCUGAAUUUUACUGCUUUGGGUUUUCAUUUACAAAAAGGAUUUUUAAAUCAAAACUUUAGGACUACAGCACAUCGAGAAGCUUAAAUUAUUACAAACCCUGUUUGUCAACUUGUCAUAGUGGCACAAACAUGACUGAGGUGGCACAGGUUGCGGCUGUUGAAGCUCAUGAUGUUAAAGAUGAUGCAAACGACGAGCACAGCAUGAGCACCGAAGAAGACUCCGAAGAGGAAAUGAGACAGGAUGAAAAUGAUGAGACGAUCAGUGAUGCUGAGGAGAGAAGUGAGAAGACACCGCAGAGCAGAGUAAAUGAUAAAACAAGUGAGGAGGCUGAGACAACACAACUGAAUGGUGUGGAAAACAAACGAAGUGAGAAAAACGGCACUGUUAAUGGUGUCUCGGACAAUAAGGACCAACUGCAGGAAACAGAUGACACAGAGAACAUGUCUGCUCUGGCUUUUAAGAAAGAGAGGCUCCUGAGGUCCAGAAAGUCAGUGGCGAGAAGUUACGUGCCCAAGGCGAACAAAGAUAAAGGAGAUGUGACGAGCAAGUUUGAGGCCAUGCAGAAAGCCAGAGAGGCGCGCAGCCGGCAGAGGAACAGGGAGGAACAACAGAAGAGGAAGGAUCAAUACAUGAAGGAGAGGGAGUGGAACCGCAGGAAGCAGCAGAUAAAAGAAUUACUUGCUUCCAGUGAUGAGGAAGAGGAGGUGAAACCAAAUAAGGUGGAAAAGUCCUACGUGCCCAAAAUCACAGGUAGUGUGAAGGGGAAGUUUGCAGAAAUGGAGAAACAAAGACAAGAAGAGGAGAGAAAGAGGAUGGAGGAGGAGAGGAAGAAGAGAGAGGCCCAGGACAACAUGGAGAAAGCCAAAAUCAAGAAAGAAUUGGCUCAGAAAGCUGCUGAGGAAGGAGAUGACACUAUCCUGAUACGUGUGGUUCCAGCGAAGCCUUCAAGACCUCCGGGCAAAAUCAAGAUGAACUUUGAGGACAUCGAGAAAAGCAGAGAGGAGGAGCUGAGGAAAAAGGUAGAGGAGGAGAAGAAGAGACGAUAUGAUGAAAACAGACGCUCCUUUAGGGAAUCCAAGCGGCGCUCUGUUGUUCAACAGGAUGAAGAGGAAAAACCAUCAGAGAAGGUGUCGGUGACUCCUGGAAAGCUGAAGCUGACAUUUGAGGAGCUGGAAAAGGAAAGGCAGGAGCAGCGGAGGAAGCAAGCUGAGGAAGAAGCCAAACAACGCCUGCUGGAGGAGAAGAAGGCUUUUCAGGAGGCCAAACAGGGAAUGGAAGAAGAGGAGGACAUCAGUCAGGAGGAUCAGGAAGACAAAGAAGAGCUUCGUCCCGGAAAACUGAGGCUGAGCUUUGAGGAGCUGGAGAGACAAAGGGUUGAAGAGGAGCGCAAGAAAGCAGAGGAGGAAGCCAAGAGACGCAUGGAGGAUGAGAGAAGAGCUUUUGCUGAAGCAAGGAAAAGCAUGCUCAUAGAUGAAGAUGAUGAAGUACUGAUGGCAUUGCUGAACCUGGAGGGCAGCAAGCCUGGAAAAAUCUGUGUAAGUUUCGAGGAUCUAGAGCGGCAGAGACGUGAAGAAGAGCAGAGGAAAGCAGAGGAGGAAGCCAAGAGGAGACUGGAAGAGGAGAAGAGGCUUUUUGCUGAGGCUCGCAAGAGCAUGGUGCUGGAAGAUGAUGAGGUGAUGGUGAAGAGUGAGUCUCAGGAGGCUCUGCACCCCAGAAAAUUGGAAAUCAACUUUGAGGAGCUCCUAAAAGAAAAGGAGGAGGCUGAGAGGAGACGCAAAGCCGAGGAGCGCAAACAGAAACUGGAGCAGGAAAAGGAGGCAUUUGAGCAGCUUAGAAAAGAGAUGGGAGAGGAGGAAAUAAAUGAAAGCUCAGAUGUCAUAAGCAAAGAAUACGAAGAGCUGAUAAAGCUUAAGAGAACUGGAUCCAUUCAGGCAAAAAAUCUCAAGUCCAAAUUUGAGAAAAUCAAGCAGCUGACGGAGGAGGAGAUCCAGAAAAAGAUCGAGAUGGAAAGAGAGCGGAGAAAGGCCAUUGAUGAUGAAAUUAAACAGAGAGAAGCUGAGAGGGCCCAUGAGGAUGAGGAGGAGGAGGAGGAAAGAGAAACAACUCCAGUUAGAUCAGGUGACUCACCGUUCAAACAGAAGGUGGACAUGCGGGCCCGAUUUGAACAAAUGGCCAAAGCCAGAGAGGAAGAGGAACGAAGGAGGAUAGAGGAGCAGAAGCUGCAGAGGAUGCAGUUUGAACAGCAAGAGAUUGAUGCUGCCCUGCAAAAAAAGAAGGAGGAUGAUGGAGAGGAUGAAGGCAGCAUCAUCAACGGGUCUGCAGCCUAUGAAGAUGAAGAAGAUCACGCGAGGUGUGGGGCACCGUGGUUUAAAAAGGCCCUCAAAAACCAGUCAGUGGUGGAUUCUGAGCCUGUUCGGUUCACUGUUAAGAUCACUGGGGAGCCAAAGCCAGAGGUCACCUGGUGGUUUGAGGGAGAGAUGCUCCAGGACUGUGAGGACUAUCAGUAUAUUGAAAGAGGAGAGACGUACUGCCUCUACCUGCCGGAGACCUUCCCGGAGGACGAGGGGGAGUACAUGUGCAAGGCUGUGAACAGCAGGGGCACAGCAGCUAGUACCUGCAUCCUUACAAUAGAAACUUAUGACUACUGAUGCCCCUCCAUGUUGAAAAUGUGUCCCUGUUGUUUUUCAAUGUAAAACAUCAUCCACUGUGCUCAAAUGGUAAUGGGAAGGACAGCAUGCUUGGCAUUCCUAAGACAAGGAUACACAGCACAUGCACGCCCUGUAAGGAUGUUGGAUGAUACCUGUGCCAAAACAGACAGACACCUGUUCCAAUGCCUGGUGUCGCACUGUACUUCAAAUGUUUUAUUGCUGUAAGACCCUAACAACAUUCAUUAGUUCAAAAUGCUGUUGAUCUGCAUUGUAUAUAUCACACUUUAUGGUCCAGAAACAACAAAUGAUACUAACCUGAUCUCAUACUCAGGCAACACUUGUCAAAGUAUUAUUACAGCAGCCACAUUUGUCAGAAACUAACUCAUGCGAACAUCCUAAUUUUUAUAUGCAGAAUCUGACAAAAAAUUGAUUGUUGAUAUUUUUUUCAUGCACCCACCCCAUUUUCUCAAAAUUCUCAUCUUGUCAUUGUUUAUUUGUCAAGAACGACCUUUUAUUGUUUGAUAAUUCUAGUAAAAUAGGUUAGCUUGAAUAUUUGUGUUGUUAUAGAGAACAAGUUUUAAUAAAGAAAAUACAGCAUCA